AUGGAAUACGCCCUGCAGACGUUAACGUGGGGAAUAGUCUUUAAAACAGUUAAAACCGUCUUCACGGACAACCUUUAUGAUCGUCUGCCUGCCAACAGGCUGACUUGUCUUGAGGGGAGUGGAGCUCCACACCUCAGAGAUACGCUCCUGCGUGUUGGGGCAAGACACACCGUCAACUUUGCAUUUUACUCUUCCUUUCUCUGUAGGGAAGCUCCAAAGCUGGUGCAAAGCUCUGAUAGUUUUUUUUUUUUUUUGGGGAAAAUUAGAAUGCAGGACAAGGCCAACUGCAGUUCAUUAAAAAACUUGUUUGGAGGGAUCGGCGAUCAUCGACAACCUCAAGAUGAAAAAGAAGCAGUGCAGGAAAGAACCUUCACCAGGUGGAUGAAUGUGUUUCUACAAAGAUGUCAUCCUCCGCUUAAAGUGCAGGACCUGUUUGUAGACAUUCAGGACGGCAGAAUACUCAUGGCUCUGCUGGAGGAGCUGACAGGGUGCAAAUUACUUUACAGGUUUCGAUCAUCUUCCCACCGUAUCUUCAGACUGAACAACAUCUCCAAGGCUCUGGCUUUCCUUGAUGAUAGACAUGUGAAGCUGCUUGGCAUCGACGCCUCCGGUGUUGCUGACGGCGUCCCCUCUGUUGUUCUAAACCUCAUCUGGAACAUCAUCCUUCAUUUUCAGGCUAAAGAGAUGACGAGAGGCCUGCAGAGGCAUUUAUCUUUAAGCCUCUCUUCCUUACCAGAAAGCACUUAUGCCUCCUUCACUGACCUUUCCCUCCUGCCAAAUGAUAUUGGCAGCUAUUCAUACAAUACACUGCCAAGCAAAGGGAGAAAGACUGCCAAGGAGUCAAAGUACCAUGGGAAGGCCAUCAAGACGCUCCUCCAGUGGGUCCAGAGAUGCACAUCAAAGUUUGGGGUGGAAGUAAACGACUUCGGGAGGAGCUGGAGAAAUGGUCUGGCAUUUCUCGCUAUAAUUAAGUCCAUGAAGCCUGACUUGGUUGACCUUAGGGAGAGCCUGACAAGAAAUCCAACAGAAAACCUGCAGGAGGCGUUCACGAUAGCCCACCGCAGCCUGGAUGUAACACCUCUGCUGGAACCUGAAGAUGUGACGUGCGUCUCACCAGAUGAACAGUCCAUUAUCACCUACGUGUCAUCGUUCCUGGGACAAUGCUCAGACAGUGAUGGGGGUCAUAUGGAUUACAACAUUCCCGAGAUUCCAAAUUUUGGCUCCGUAGAGUCAGUCAGCUUUGGGGAGACUCACAGCGACAGUGCAGAAGCUCGGGCUUUGCUCAGAGGUUUGGAGAAGAGCAAUGAGCAGCUACUGUGGAAACGCUGGUCUGGUGUAACCUCCGCUGCCCCUCAUGACCCCUCACGUCACACGAAGGACGCUGCUGCACCUGAACUCUGCAGCAAUCGGGACGUCUUUUCAUCUCCUCGAGGCCAAAGGGUCGCUGAACCAUCUGUGUACAAAAAGAGAGGAGAAUUCAGAAGUUCUUUCAAGCCGCCGAGUCCACUGGACGCAAGGAUAGUCAGUCCAGAGAUCAGGUCGUGGAUGGAGAAGGGUUUGGAUCAGCUUAACGGGAAGGCAGGAGCGAGUGAGAGUCACAUUUCCUUGAGCUCUGAAGAAGGCAGCUACAGCCUGCCGGUCCUGGACUCAGAUGAGGAGGAUGCUUACAGCUACAUCCUGGACCUGAACAAAGAAGUCUUCCAACCAUAUCAGCAGCUGAGCAGAGUAGUACUGAGCAGAGUAGUAGUCGAAGAGGAGACGGUGAAGGAUGUGGAUGAAGAACAUCAGGAAAUGUGUGAAACUUCAAUUGGCUCUGAAAGUUCACCUAGGAAAGGUUCCUCGGUGCGAAAAGCAGAUUUCGAUGCAAAAUCUAAAGUCAGGGAUGAGGCAGUGGCGUACAGAAGGUUGGGUGUGAGUAGCUCUGAAGAGACAAACAAAAGAACUGCGUUUGAAGUGCAGCCGCGGGAUGAAAGCAAUACGAAAAAGCGACCUGAGGAGGAAAUAGAUUUUGGAGAACAUAUGGAUGAUUAUGGUGAUUACGGUGACAGAGAGAAGGAGGAGGAGACAGAAAAUGCAAGAGCUCUGACACGCGGCGAUGAUGAAGUGGAGGCUUCGGCAGACAAACGUGAACAAAGGGAGAGUUUCGAAACGUCUUGGUGGCAGAAUGAGGUUGAAACGGGGAAACAUCUUUGUGUAAACAGCGUUCCAGGGAAUAAGAAGAAAGUAAGUGAAGGGGGAAGAGACAAUUUCAGAUCUGAGAAAGAGCAGGAACGAAAAGAAGAGGGUGCUAGCACGGAGGGUCGGAACAAAAAUCAACAACGCUCUGAGGAGUUUGUGGAGUUUGGGCUGACAGGUAAAACGAAUUUCACAAAACACAGUGUCUGUAAAACAAGAGAUCUGACCUCAGAGGACAACGGCGCUAGGUCGGAAAACGUAGAGGAAUCGCAACGGGCGAUUGAUGAAUGUAGAACAACUGAUAAAAAGAUAACAGAUCAUCGGAGUGGAGCGGCUUCGAACAGUGACCGUGGUGCAGAUGUUGACGUUCAUGCUCGUGGAAAAAGCUGCAGCACGGCUCCUACGUCGCUCAGCGGCGAGGGAGGAUUCGCUCUUCGCUCCGCCGCAGCCUUCUGCGACGUAACCCCAUUAGAGCUGGAAGUGCUCACGGCCCUGUGGAUCCUGCUCUACUGCUGCUUCAUCCUGUCUCAAAUGAACCUCUGAGCCCCCCCCCCGCUGCAAAGCCUACUUAUUAAGAUAUGCUUAUUAGCCCACUUUCCACUAAUGAGCCAAACAGGGACAUUUACAGCUGUGUUGACUUUACAUCUCUGUCACUUAAUUUCCCUCCAGGCAACGUUUAAAAAAAACAAAAAAAAAACAUGUUUGCCUCUGACUGCCAACAGGUGGUAUUUGUCACUUCGACCGAGUUUCUUCGCAUUAAAACCUUCGAGCAGAUUUCCAACUGUCUGCCCGUAUUCCAUUUGUAGACAUCAUUAAUGUAAUGUACCAAAGUGAUGCCUCUGUUUACUUCAACAAAUAGCAGUGUUACACCACAUGGUGGCAUCGCAGCUUUACAGUGGGGAAAUGUCUGUGAUGACAGACGAUGAAGAUGAAAUAUCAGGAAUAUUCCUGCCUGCUGGGAAUUCCACAGAGCUUGUUUGUUUAAUUGGAAACUGUAUUAACGCUGUAAGAUCAAGGCCCGUAACAUUUAAUGAGCGCUUUGACAUUUCCUACACUCGGGUAUGAGUCGAUCGACAAACUCAACGUGUUUUAUGACAUUUUUUUGGUGAGAAAAUAAAUGUUUGUUCCUCAUUAAGGAAAUACAGUAUGUUGUAUGAAAAAUACUGCAUUGAUUGUUUUCUGCUGUACAGUAUAUGGCAGUGUUUCCCAAAUGUUUUGUCUGGGGACCCAUAUGUUGAAGGUCCCAAACCUUCGCGAC